AUGUUUCGAUUGUUGACACUUCUCUUCGCACUCUCAGCCGUUGCCUAUGGCGAGAAAAAUGAAUCUCUUGGGUACGAUUCCGGUCGCAUCGCCGGUGGUUCCACCGCCAGCAUCAAGAAUUUCCCGUACCAGCUGAGCAUGCGUUGGAAAAACAACCACUACUGCGGUGCUUCCCUGAUCUCUUCGAAAUGGGCCGUCUCCGCGGCUCACUGCACCUCUAACCGCAGAACGUCAGAAUUGACCCUCCUGGCUGGAACAUCAAACCGUCUGUUUGGUGGACAACUCCGCAAUGUUUUCCUGGCGAUCAACCACCCCAGAUACAAAGCGAAAAGCAUAGACAACGACAUCAGUCUUCUAAAAGUCAGCCGUGCUUUCACCCUGAGUAGCACCGUGCAAGCUAUAGCUCUUCCAUACCAGGAACAGAGAGUCUCUGCGAAUGCUUACGCCGUGGUCUCGGGAUGGGGUACCACAAGAGAAGGUACCGAAAGCGCACCCGUCAUCCUGCAACAGGUCUCGGUGCCGCUUGUUGCUUCGGACACUUGCAACAGUCUUUACUUUGGAAGGAUCACCAGCGGCAUGCUCUGCGCCGGCUACCUUUCCGGAGGCUACGACGCCUGUCAGGGGGAUUCUGGAGGUCCUCUUGUUAGCAAUGGAAUACUCAUCGGCAUCGUCUCUUGGGGCAACGGUUGCGCCCGUCGCGAUUUUCCUGGAGUCUAUACUCGCACUGCCGCCUAUCGAGACUGGAUCAGAGCCAACACGGGCAUUUGA